AGAAGCCCAGGUUCGAUCCUCUGCCAGGUGUAGUGGGUUAAAGGAUCUGGCUUUGCCACAGCUGCAGCGUAGGUCGCAGCUCUAGCUCACCCUGACCCGGGAGCUUACUUAUGCCACAGGUUCAGCCAUUCAAAAAUAAUAAUAAAUAAAUAAGAAAAAUUUCCCUCAAAGAUUUUAUAUUCUAGUGGGUGUUAGUCCCUGAGGUUAAAUAAAAUGAGGAUGAGCGCUGAGGAGUUGGGAGAAAAAAUGGAACAGCUGCAAAGGAGGAAAAGGACCCCUGGGGAGGGGCAGUUGCUAUUACUUAUUGGGUGACCGGGGAGACCUCACUGAGAAGGUAACAUUUAGGAUGAGUCUUUGAUGCUCCCAGUUCUAUAUUGAAGUACUAGUUAGUGCCGAGGCAGAAAAAAAUCUGAAAUCCUAACAUGCUGUGCCCAUUCAUAGAGCAUCUCUAAGGUUGCCAGCGGGAUGAGCAGCUAAAGCUGUUUAUCAGCCAUCAAAGUGCUGCUGGCAUCCGGUCCGCAAGGCUUUUUCGCAAGGUCACUACAGAGGUCCUGGUGGCUCAUGCCCAGCCGAGUCGCCCACCCCUCUUGCAAAGGUUGCAGUGGCCCUAGUGCUGCAGUCAUUCUCAGCAGGUCCCCGGAGAACGAGAGCGGGGACCUUCCAGAGUGACUUGGCGGGGGAGUCCUGGAGGCUGUCCUUUGUCUCGGGCCUUUGCUGCUGCCCAUGUGUUAACUCGUAAUUUGGCCUCUGCUCACCCUCCCUAGGAAAAUCUCAAUGGAAAAUGCCAGUACGCUCUGCAGCUGGGUUUCUCUUCCUUUAAAAUGGGUUUGGAAAUUGAUGUUUGUCUUUGCACCGAAGCAUCUCUGAUUCCAAGGAGCUCAUUUAUGACAGUGGCAGGGACUUUGAGAAGAUGCCAGGCUUUGCUUAGAUUCCUGUUCCCAACGGCCCUUCCGUGCCUGAAUGCAUGUGUUCAGUCACUGUCUCGUCUCCACCAGAAUGUGAGCUGCUGGAGGGCAGGAAGCUUCUUUUAGUCACCGCUGUUGCCCCAGGGCUGUCAAAACAAAAACAAUGCCAGUUAUGUUAGUAGACACUCAGUAAAUACGGGUUUAGUUGAAUAACUAGCAGCGACAAGCAAUGUGGCAACAAGCAACACCAACCAGCACCUGUACCUUGGUGUCUCAUGAAUUAUGUGUUGUCCCAAAGAUCAAGAAACAGAGAUGGUUUCCCAUCGCGAGGGUCUGGCCUUUCUUUCCAAGCAUUGCUUUCUCCUUUGGGUCCCUCUGCCUCUCAGAGAAACUCAUGCUCCUUAAUGAGCAUCCACCCUGGCUUAUUGUCCUUUCUGCCACCACCCUGCUAUGACCUUAGAUACGGCUUUGAAUUUCUGUGGGCCUGUUCCAGCUCGAAAAUGUUCUCAUUUUGAUAUCCUGGCAAAGCCAGCACCUCCUGGCUGUUUGCGUGAAGCUACUUUCUAGAAGGAAGUGAAACAAGCAUCCGCCUCUUUUUAUAAAGGAAGUCUGUUUUUGCUCAGUGCAAAUAAGUCAGUUCCGUGUCUGUGAGGCUCAUAAACAGUGCCAUUCUCUUUGCAUUGUUAUUAUUAUCUUUUUUAUUUUAUGUUUGCAUUUUAAGGCCGCUCCCACGGCAUAUGGAGGUCCCUAGGUUAGGGGUCGAAUCAGAGCUACAGCUGCUGGCCUACACCACAGCCACAACACAAGAUCCAAGCUGUGUCUGCAGCCUACACCACAGCUCACAGCAACACCAGAUCCUUAACCCCCUGAGCGAGUCCAAGGAUCGAACCCACAACCUCAUGGUUCCUAGUCAGAUUCGUUUCCCCUGCACCACAACAGGAACGCCUCUCUUUGCAUUAUUAACUUGAAUCUGUUUAAGAAAAAACAGGAAUCACUGUCGCUUACCAUUUGUUUGAGGUUGUGUAUUUUUCAUGUGAUUUCACAUCUGUAAUCAUUUCCCCCUCACAAAUACAGAUAUGAUGUGUAGAAAAUUGAGAGUAAUAUGCAUAUCUUCCUUCUUUUGGAAAUAGUGAGGUUUUCAUGGGCAGUGGACUCAGACCUAAACUUGGAACUAUUAAAAGAAAAAAUCUGAUAAAAGAUCAACCCAAAGUAAUAAGAACGAAGAUGUUCCCUGCAGUAUGUCUUAUACUGGUGAAAAAACUGAAAAUAAAUUUUCAUCCAUAAGAGUCUGGCUGAGAAAUUAUGGUAUAUUUAUACCAUAGAAAGUGGUAAGAGAUUUAAGAAAAAGGACAUACACCCUCAAGACAUAUUGUAGGGAGAAAAAGCAGGUACUUUAGAAUAUGUCCAGUAUAAUCUUGUUUGUGUAUAAAAAAGAAAACAAGACACACCUCCUGAACUGACAUAUGUCUGUUCAUUCAUUGAAAAAGGUCUGUUCAUUGAUUGAAAAGCUUCUGUGCCUGCCCGCUGUACCUCUCACAAGCGUCCUAUCUUAAUAAAUCUACUUCUUGCCAAAAAAGAAAAGUCUGGAAGGAGUAAAAUGGUUGACAGUGUUAUUUCUGGGAAAGAAGGAUUGCUGGGACUUGGUGCAAUGAGAGUGCUUUGCUUUUUACUCUAGGCUUCUGUGUUUGGGGAAUUUUAUAAAAGCAUAGUCAUCAUGGAAUGGGUUUUUUGGUAAUUAUAACACUAAAAUUACUGGGCAGGGAAAGAUGUGUGACAAAGAGAAAUUGGGGCACAAGGUCAGGAGAAGGAGUAGUGAGUGCCGGCAGUGGUCACCAAAUCCUGUGAUAGUUUGUGACUGGUGACUUGGAGCUUGUGCUGUGUUUUCAGGAAGGUAUACAUACUGAGGAAAAUAAAAUUAAAAAUAUAUAUAUACACACACAUGCAUAUACACAUCUGCAUCACUCCAGAAGCUAUGACCUAGAAUGCAAGAUUCUCAAAUCAAGAAAACCCAAGGAUUUUUAGUUCAAUAAUCACAUUACCUUAGGGCUAUCUUUAAACACUGGGUGAAAAAAAAGUCUCAUGUCUUGACUUCCAGCCCUGGAUGAACCUGUCGCUGGUACUAGAUGCAACUGCGGUUCUGUCUAGCACAGCAGUCUCUCCCUUGGCCCGGAACUUUGUCUCCACUUUGUCUGCUUUGUUCUUUCGGUCCGUAAUGUUUAUUGAGCCGCCACCUGCCACUCUGAGAUGAGGCUCCUGCACUCCUGGAGUUUCUAGUUGUAAGGGUAGGGGGAGAGAGUGGACGGGGCUGACAGUUAAGGAGCUAAAAAAAAAAAAAAAAAGAAACACAUCAGGAAGUGAGAAUGACGGUGAUGAAAAUUAAGCAAGGCGAUGUGAUGAGGACUAAGGGAACUGGUUUGUGAGAGGCUGUUAGGAAAGACAUCUUAGAGGAAGUCAUUCAUAACCCAUUCAUUCAUAAGACGGGAAGGAGCCAGAUGUGUGAUCAUUUGGGAGAAGAACGUUCCAGGCAGACGGACUAGAACGGGGCCAAGAGCUUGUGGGACUGACUCCAGGGCCUGCUGGAGGGUGAACAGGCUCCGCAGCCCUCCAGCUGGCCACGUGGGGAGUUCAAGGUCCUAACCCAACCGUACAAAGGAAUUUACACCAGGCCGGAGCCUGGGAGAUGGUGUCACAGUCUGCAGCCCGGCAGGACUCUCCCGUGGAUCUCUGGGAAGCGGUCAACGAUGACCCUGCUGACAUCGAUGGUUCGCCCAGCCUCCUGGACACUGACCGUCCCCCUUGCCAAUUAGAUGUCAGGUUCACAAGGCACAGAGCUGCCUGGAUUAACCCCCAGUGUGUGCAGCAAGAGCUGCAGGACUUGACCCCCCAGGUGCCAGCAGAGGGGGACAGUGAGAGGCACGAUGCGGGGGACGCUGCCUCUCCCUUGAGCCCUUCGGGGCUGUGUCUUCGGGGCUCCGUGGCGGAGACCUCAUUGUCCAAGGACAUUGCAGACUCCACGGGCAUCUCCCCUGCCCCGGGCUCAGCUGAAAAGAGCAGUGCCUUCUCUCCCACCUCCACGGAAGAGCGGGCCGUGCUCCCGGGACACUGUUCCCUGACGUCUCUGUUCACAAACUCCAAGAUUGCGGCCACCUCCCCAGGUCGGGAGGCGAACAGUGCUUUUCUCAACCCUUCGCAGCCCACAGCUUCCGCUGAUGCAGGUGCUGUUCAAGUCAGUGGAAGAACCGUUCCUUUGAAUUCCUUCUCCCCAGAGGCAUUUGUGCUCCCUGUCGAUGUUGAAAAGGAAAAUGCCCACUUUUAUGUUGCAGAUAUGAUUAUAUCAGUCAUUGAGAAAAUGAAAUGUAAUAUUCUGAGUCAGCAGCACACAGAGACCUGGAGUGUCCGAGAGACCAGCAGGUCACUUGGGAACGAUCAGGUGGACUCUGAAGUGACCUUUUUCAGCAACAUAAAGCAGGAAUCUGGGUCUUCUACUUCAUCCGACAGUGGAUAUGAAGGUUGUGCUGUGUUACAGGUCAGCCCAGUGGUUGAAGCAGCUACUUACUGUGAUGUGAUGAAAGAGUCCUGCAAAUGUGACUUGGAUGAUUUUGUUAUCGUAGAACUUGGAGAGUUUAGCAAUACCACGGAGACCUGUGGGUGUUCCUGCAGCUCCUCUAAGAGUGUCACUUAUGAGCCAGACUUCAGUUCUGCUGAGCUAAUAGCCAAAGAGUUAUACCGAGGAUUCCGAAGGUGCUGGAUGCUGUUGGGAGAUCGUUAUCAGCUGGCUAGCUCCCUGAAUGCAGCUGGCUCCAUAGUUGUAAAUGAAGAGCGAGUCCGGGAAGACUUUGAAUCCAGUCUGGAGGUGGUGCAGGAAAUUAAACUGAAGUCAAGGAUCAGAGGGACUGGAGACUGGGCGCCCCCCAGGUUUCAAAUCAUAUUUAAUGUUCAUCCACCACUCAAGAGGGAUCUCGUGGUAGCAGCCCAAAAUUUUUUCUGUGCUGGCUGUGGAACUCCCAUCGAACCCAAGUUCGUGAGGCGGCUGCGCUACUGCGAAUACCUGGGCAAGUAUUUCUGCGACUGCUGCCACAGCCAUGCCGAGUCCUGCAUCCCGGCCCGCAUCCUCCAGCUGUGGGACUUCAGGAAGUACUCCGUCAGCAACUUCUCCAAACGGCUGCUGGACAGCAUAUGGCACCAGCCCGUCUUCAACCUGCUGCACGUCAGCCGCAGCCUCUACACGAAAGCCAAGGAGCUGGACAGAGUGCGGGAAAUCCAGGAGCAGCUAUUCCAUGUCAAGAAGCUGUUGAAGACCUGCAGGUUUGCCGAAAGCGCGUUGGCGGAGUUUGAGCAGGUGCCAGUACACUUGACUGAUGACCUCCACCUCUUCUCCCUGGAGGACCUGGUCAAGGUUAAGAAAGGGCUGCUGGUGCCCUCGCUCAAGGACAUUCUGAAAGUUUCCCUGGAGCACGUGGCUGGCUGUGAGCUGUGCCAAGGAAAGGGCUUCAUCUGUGAAUUCUGCCGGAGCGCAGCUGUCAUCUUCCCGUUUCAGACGGCAACGUGCAGACGAUGUUCAGCGUGCAGAGCUUGCUUUCACAAGCAGUGCUUCCAGUCCUCCCAGUGCCCCCGCUGUGCGAGGAUCACAGCCAGGAGGAGGCUUUUGGAGAGUCCGCCCUCUGCGGCCACAUGAUGCCCCUGACUAUCGCGAGAAGACUGUUCAACACACCUAAUUAUCGCGUCCUUUGUGUCCUGACAUUGUUUUAUUAUGGAGUAUUGUCUAUUAAGGAAAAAGAUGGCCAAUAUUCUCUUUAUUAUAUAAAUAUAUAUAUUUAAUAUUUUAAAAGAAUGAAGAUUCUUUGUUAUUAAGCCUAGGGUUGUUACCGGUGAUGUUGUUUACAAAUCUUUAAUGUUUUUGCUGCUACUGUUUUUUUUUUAAGAGUUUGUGGGUUUUUUUUUUUUGAUACUUAAAUUGCAUUUGAGUAGUUGUACCUAGCCUGUUUUUUAUGAAUUGUAACUGACAAGAUGAAUUACUCAGUUCCCCUUCUUUGUAAAGCUUAUUUUGUGAAAGGGAUUGUUACUUCCAAUGAACAAAAAUGAAACCAAAA